CACCUACACGUACCGGUUGACACUCGAGUCGAUUAACAUAGCUAUAGAAUCGGCCUCUUCUUUUUCAAAAACCGUGAUUAUAAUUGUGUAAGAACUGUUAUCGAAGGGAGCGCCCUUAUCUUUAGAAAUUGUAAUAUUUAACACAGUCAACCAGAAUCAGUUGAAAGCUGUUGAAAGAUUGAAGAAACUCAAGAAGUCAAGAAAGAUACCAGACGUCCAGACGACAUUCGCAACCGUAACUAACCGAUUUUCUUCAUUAUUAUUAGUGGUUAAGGAAAUCAUUUAAAAUAAGAUUAAAUAUAUACUACAUAAUAUAAAAUAAAACAAAUAAAAUACUACUAAAUAUUCUUGAAUCUUGCCGCUUGAUUUCGCUUCGGUAUGUAUCGGUUUGGCAACUUGACAGCAUUGUCAACUCAGCUUCCGGCCCCGCCUCUUCAGCUUCCAUUACCGCCAUUCCGCCAUAACUCGCAAUUGUCUCCGACACGCGACACUUGUCAGUUGUCACACUAUGCCUUGAAACUUCUGUCUAUUAGGCACUAGGCUCUAGGCUGUAGCAAUGGAAUAGUGAAAGUUUUUUGUUCUGUUAAUAUUUUUGUCGAAAUGUCGAGUUGAAACCUAUGAAUGUUGGCUGCUUCACUAGAAUGUAUGGGUCCUAGACUAGCUUGAUCUAUUUCAACAUGUGCAGAUUAGGGAGAUUGGCCCUCAACUUUAUAGUCAAGGGCAACGGCCAAGCCCAGCAAGAGAUGGUUCGCUUUCGUGACUACCGGGAGCUGACUUACCUCCUUAAACGCAUCAAGGCCUGGCUGAACAACCACAUCCUGGUCGGAUUCGAACAGCACGACAACAAGGCCGGAAACGAAGCUUGCAGUUUGUUAGAACCCCAGCAUUUCGCCGCCGUGGCCGCCCGGCGCGCAUUAUUCGUCAGCAAGAAGCUGGUCGUCGAGGAGGCCUUCGAGAUCAGUCUCGGCGACAACACCCAGCACCGGGCGACCAGUUUGGAGCUGGUCAGUAUAAAAUGCCCUCAAGUUGUGGCUUCAAAGCGUCGAAGCCGAGCGUUGCGUCACCAAUGAAAUUGGAGUUCAUUCUACUAAUUACCAUAGGGCCUUCAGAUGCAGUCUCUUGUCUUCCAUCGUGAUGGGAUGGUCAGUUUUCCAG